GUUUUGACAUCAACUUCACUGAGAAUUCAGCCCCUUCUCCUCAAGCCUAGUAUUCUGAUUCUAACAACUCCUCUGAUGCCUUGCUUUCUCAGGAAAACUUCAAUGGUGAUAGCAACUGGUAUGUGGACAGUGGAGCUACUGCUCACAUCACUAAUGACAUGAACAACCUAGCAAUAUGCAAUGACUACACUGGUUCUGAAAAUAUUGUGGUUGGUAAUGGACAACCAAACAAACAAGAUACUCAUGAAGGGCAGACUCUCUAAAGGCUUGUACCAGCUUGAUCUCUCCUCACUCUAUAAGUCCAGUCACUAUCAUUCUUCGUGUAAAUCUUCCUGUAACCCAUCUGCUUUGACUACUGUUGUUUCUAGAAAUAAAAGUGAUAUCAAUCAUGUUCAAACUUCUGUAUUGAGUAAUAGCUCAAAGUCAUUUGCUGGCAUCUGUAAAACUUCUAUGAAUACAUUGCAUCAAAGUCUUGGUCAUCCAGGAACUUAUGCUUUAGCAAAAGUCUGUAAAUCACUUAAGACUCAUUUUCAUAUUUCUGAGCUUAAUUUUUGUGAAGCUUGUAAACUGGGAAAACUACACCAAAAGUCUCACAUUACACAAGCUGUUACUUCUAAAGCUCCUUUUGACUUAGUAUAUUCUGAUUUGUGGGGUCCUGCACACACUCCCUCUACAAAUGGAUAUAAAUACUAUAUAGCCUUUGUAGAUGAUUACUCUAGAUAUACAUGGAUUUUCCCAUUAACACUGAAAUCUGAGGCAGCCUUAGUUGUCCAUCAAUUUUUAGCUCAUAUCAUGUGUCUGUUCAAACUACCAGUUAAAGCUUUACAAACAGAUUGGGGGGGGGGGGAGAAUUUCGCCUACUAG